AUGUCUGACCGUCACUCCGAAAUGGCCUCCACUAAGAACAUCGCCACCUUCUUGGUCGCCCAGGACUCGUUUCCUCCGGUCGCUAAGUGUGAUGGUGUUACGAUCCGCAAGUGGCUGUUCGAAAUGAACACUGAAUUCGGCGCCAUCGAGCUCGCCGCUCUUCUCUUUGGUGAAACCUAUCAAGACGUCUUGCAGACCCCCGAAUACCGUCAUUUUGCAAAACUCGCCAAAAGACCCAGCCCAGACUCUCCCAGAGUCUUCCACCAGAUUGUACGCAAGAUCACUCAGCAAAGCAUCAGCACCCGCAACGCAAUGCUCUCUCAUCUCAUCUGCAAGACCUCGAAGGCGUGCGAGCCUCCAGUCACUCAUCCUGAAAACUCGCUCGAUGUGACUUCAGACGUGCUCUUCAAUGCCAUCUGCCACCGUCUUCAGCUUGGCAACGACCCUCCUUGA